CUCACUCGCCAGGUCACAUGAAUAUGAUGGAGGUUCGAUCUUCCUAACAAGUUUUUUUUCGUCGACAUUUCACCGUUUCAAACUAUGGCCAGUUACGAGAGCUUAGCAGAUAUGGCCUCAAACAAGGGCGUGGAAGAUCCAAAUCUUUCCUCAGCCAUUGUUAUGCCAUUUGGAUUGUUAUCAGUUGAGAGUGAAGAUGUUAGGAAACAGAAAGUCAACUGGCAGUCGUAUGUUCAAAGCCAAAUGAUAAACCAGGAAGAUUAUACAAUGAUAGCUGAUUAUGAUUGCAUGGGAGCUGAAGAAAGAGGAAGAAUUCUUGAGCAGAAGGGAGAUCAGUUUGCCAAGAGCUGUUUGUCUAUGCUUACUCGACUAUCGCGUGAUCAGACAAUCAGAUACAUACUUGUCUUAAUUGAUGAUGUGCUUACUGAGGAAAGAAGCAGAGUGUCUAUAUUUCAUGAAUUUGGUAAAAGGGCAAACAUCAAUGUGUGGACUUUAUUUCUGAAGCUUCUUAACAGGCAGGAUCAAUUUAUUGUCCAUCAGACAGGUAUUAUUAUAGCCAAGUUGGCUUCCUGGGGAAAGGUUUUGUUGCCGGAUUCUGACCUUAAUUAUUUCCUGUCCUGGAUGAAAAAUGGUCUGGCAUCAUCAGGAAAUGGAUACCAUCAUAGUGUAGCUCAGUGUCUUCAGCUGAUGCUGAGACAUCAGGUCUACAGACAAGCAUUUUUCAAGGCAGAUGGCAUUCAAAGUGUUGUGUCCGCCCUUGUGGCUCCUAACAUUGGUUUCCAACUUCAAUACCAGCUGAUUUUUGUUCUCUGGCUGUUGUCAUUUGAUCCAAGGAUUGCGGAGCGAAUGAUCGGAAAGAGUGCUGUUAUUCGUGUGAUAGCCGACAUCCUCAGAGAAUCAGGCAAAGAGAAAGUGACUCGGAUUAUUAUUGCCACGCUAAGGAAUUUGUUGGAGAAACCAGAAGAGAAGAAGAACGAGGCAGCAUUGUCCAUGAUUCAAUGCAAGCUUCUUCCUGUUCUUUCAGUGUUGAAUGGCAAAACCUGGGUCGAUGAAGACAUAACGGACGAUGUGGAGUUUGUAUAUGAAAAACUAAAUGAACGUGUACAAGAUUUGAGUACCUUUGAUGAAUACGCAGCCGAAGUUAGAUCAGGGAGACUGGAGUGGAGUCCAGUACACAAAUCUGAGAAGUUCUGGAGAGAAAACGCUCAACGUCUAAACGAAAAGAACUACGAAUUGUUGAAAAUCCUGACUAAACUAUUGGACAAGUCUAAUGACCCGACCAUUUUAGCAGUGGCGGCUCACGAUACUGGAGAGUACGUACGGCAUUACCCACGCGGGAAGCAUGUGCUGGAGAAUCUUGGGUGUAAAGUGAUGGUCAUGAAAAUGAUGACUCAUAAUGACCCUAAUGUUCGUAAGGAAGCUCUUCUUGCUGUACAGAAACUCAUGGUUCACAACUGGGAAUAUCUCGGAAAGCAGUUGAAGGCUUCCUAAAAAGAAGAAUUAAAAUAAAUAUGCAGCGAAAAAAAGAGACAUAUUAUGAAUUUUAUGUGAAUAUUGUCAAUUGAGUUGGAGCGGAUUGUCUCGGAAAAGAAAAGUCACGAGAAGCCGAUAGAGGUCGAAGAAAGUCUCAUCAAAGCUGCGAACUGUCGAUGAUUGACGAGCUGUUAUCGAUUGAUUUCGUUUUUUCCUAGCUCAGUUCCUCGACUCCGAAUGUAUGCGAGGGUGAAACCUCUUUGAUUUGGUAGACGUUCUGUCCGUUUUAAAGGUGUGUGAAUAACUUAUGAAUAUUGAAUUCAAACGCAUGCAAUAUAAUAAACGUUUCUUUUGAAUUUUA